GAUGAAGUGGAGCGAAGAGGGGGUGGACGUCUUCAUGCACAGAUUCUCGCAUGGUUUUACGACUGCUUGAGGCCCUGCUAUCGACCCGCCUGUACUGGGCCAACACUCUGUCAUGUCUACCUUCGCUACCACCAUGGAGCACGCUUCGCCCGAGGAGUAUGAUGAUCGCAUCAGCGAGGAGGACGGCUCUGGAGAGGAUGACUUGGAGUUCAAGCGCGAGCCGGGGACAAGUCUAUCUCUCCCUACAUCGACCUUGGAUGCGGCAGGCAAGCAUGCGUCGGCCGGUAAAUCAGCCACGCACCUGCAGAAGCGUCGUCGGGUGACAAGGGCAUGCGAUGAGUGUAGACGGAAGAAGAUCAAAUGCGACGGCAAGCAGCCAUGUACCCACUGCACCGUCUACAGCUAUGAAUGCACAUACGACCAACCUUCUAAUCGAAGGCGCAACCCUGCGCCCCAGUACAUCGAGAACUUGGAGCACCGGGUACAUCGUGCUGAGACACUACUGCAUAUUUUGAUCCCAAACCUCGAUCUCAACGACCCAGGUAUCGAGGCUGCGGUCGCACAAGGAUGGAUACCGGGUGCGCCUGGUCGCGGCAAUCCGCACGCAAUACGCUCACGCCCUAAGCCGCAGACCCAGGUCAAUGGCACCGACGUGCCGGAAGAACAGCAGAAUAAGUCGGACACCAAUCUCGAGUCCAUGGUGCGAGCAGUCGCGCAGAUGGACGUGGAUGAGCAAGGUCAUUGGGACUAUCAUGGGCACUCGUCAGGGUUGAGCUUCGUCAGAAGGAUGAGGGAGCAGCUAGGCGACCUGAUGGGCCCGGAUACGCCAGCUACACCGUUCGUCAAGACCCGGCCUAUUUCGCAGGUGCUUGACUCACCCAAAUCGAUGGGGGAGUCACCGUCGGCGGAAACUUCGCCAGGUGGUGGACUGGAUCUCCCACAGAAAGAGUACGCUCGCGAAGUGUGCAGUGCCGCAGUUGACGAUGCAGCGGUGCUACUCCGCUUCUUACACAAGCCAUCCUUCUGGCAAUCCUUUGACCGCCUGUACAGCACACCUCCCGACCAAUACUCGAACGAAGACAACAAGUUUCUUCCGCUGCUGCAUACCGCCCUGGCAUUGGGCCACCUGUUCCGCAAACCUGGAGAAGCUGGACUGGACCAGCAAGGCUAUGAGAACGCCAUACAAGGCGGCUUCGCACACUUCAAGACUGCUCGACAAAUGAUGGACAUAGCGGACUGCAGGGACCUCACAUCCAUUCAAGCAGUAUUGUUCAUGAUCCUAUUCUUACAAUCGUCCGCAAAGCUUUCUCAAUGCUACGCCUACGUUGGUGUAGCAUUGCGAUCUGCGCUACGCAUGGGUCUGCAUCGCGCCUAUGCUGGGAACUUCAACCCGGUCGAAGCUGAGACGAGGAAGCGUGUCUUCUGGGUGGUACGAAAGAUGGACAUCUACGUCGGCGCAAUGCUUGGCUUGCCGCAGACACUGAGCGAGGACGACAUUGACCAGGACUUUCCGCUCGAGGUCGACGACGAGUACAUCACAGAAGGCGGCGUACACCCAAUGCCCGAAGGCGUAGUGUCGUUGAUGACAGCUUUCAACGCCCAUACACGGCUUGUGCAAAUACUAUCGAAGAUCGUGCGCAAAGUCUAUCCUAUCAAACUUCAGCAAGGCUCGCCUGACAAGUCUUACUCUGUCCCAUUUUCAGUGGUCCGCGACAUCGAGAGCGAUCUCGAACAAUGGAAGAACAGUCUGCCGCCGAUACUGAGCCCUUGUCAAGCGCCGGAGCGCUACACUAGGAUUCAGCAGCUGCUGCGCUUGGCGUACGCCCAUGCCCAGGUACUACUGUACAGGCCGUUCCUGCAUUUCGUGGCAAUGGAGAAGCGCUCAAAGCCGAUUGAUCAACGAGCAUACGCCUGUGCAGCCUCCUACGUCAAUGUCUCGCGCAACAUAAUCCACAUCGCCACGCAGAUGAAGCAAAAGGGUCUGCUGAAUGGCGCAUUCUGGUUCAUUAUGUAUACAACCUUCUUCGCCAUCUUAUCGCUCGUCUAUUUCGCUGCGGAGAACCCGGACAAUGCUACAACGCAGGCUGUGAUGAAGGAUGCGCUCGAAGGAAGGCAGAUUCUCGCGUCUCUUGCGAGGCGAAGCAUGGCCGCGGAUCGAUGCACGGCGACGCUGAACGGUGUUUUCCAAAAGCUUCCCGACUGGAUGCGCGAGGGCCGGCAAAACCCGACCGUCUCGAGAAAGCGGCAGUUUGAGCACAGUCCGCAACCACAGCAGCCUCCUCCACCGCAGUCAUCUCGAAGUCAUCCCAACAUCUCGGUCGUCGGAACAGAGACACAAGGCGGUCCGGGCCAGACAAGGAGAUCCAGCACAUUCCCAAAACAUGGUGCGCAGGUAGCCAUGAGUACCUCGCCAUCUUCGACGCUGGACCCGUCGUGGGCGCAAUCUGGAGCCUCGUCGUUCGGACCACAAACCCCAAACAGUGCCGGUUUCGACCAGAACUUCUUCGGUGGAUGGGGCGCACAGAACGCGUCCGGUAGUGUGAACAACAACAUGCAGCAAUACUCGUUACCGCCCAGCUUCUCCAACCCUGCUCUCCCUGAUCUCUCGGCCAUGAUGUUUCCGGCCGCGGACGAGCCAUUCGGCUACCCGAAUCAGCCACUCACGACAUUCGAACACAACCAGCAAAUGGCAAGAGCGAACACCUUCCCAAGCGCACAAACCUGGAACGGGGUGGAUGGCGCAAGCCCGGUCGUUCCACCUCCGUCAAGAGGACGUGAAGACAAUCUCGAGGCGCAGUUCUUUGCCUUGCCUCCUUAUAUCGAGCACAAGCGCCAGCAGCAGCACGAGCAUCAACAGCAACAACAGCAACAACAACAACAACCACCAAAUACGUUUUCCCAACAGACGAACAUGGGAUUCCCAAAUAGUGCCCUCGGAUUCAACAGUGGGCAAGCCAUGAAUGCGCAGGGCGGGAUGCAACUGCCCUCCGACACCAAUUGGAUGUCGCAACAGAAUAAUGUCGGCAACAUCAACAUCCAAGAUAUCUUCGGUGGCGCAGAAUGGAAUUCUAUGUUUAUGAACCCGGGUUUUACGAAUCAGUAGUGCAUCAUGCAGGCACCAUAGUUCCACACGACAAGGCACAAUGCUGUCGAGAGAUGGCGAACAGGUUGGAGGAUACAACGCGGCGUUCUUUGUAGUACACGAGAUACCCAACGGCAUGCGAUAUGGUUGGCUUCACUCUUCAAACACAGUGGUCGGACCAUGGAGUCGCAGCUGAACAUUCUCAUGAUACCUAAGCCCGACCACUUUACAGUCCAAUGUUCCUGCCUCACAGCUGCUUGUCGUCUGCCACUCAGAUGGCGCGCUUUGUAGAAUGCUAACGGACACGAUGCGCUACGGCGUGC